AGUAUAAACCAUUCCACUUCUAAGAUGCAGUGCGCGUGCCCCGAACCACGCGGUGCAUCCAGCAGCCAAAUUCAAGAAGGAAGAAGAUUUUGCCGGGCCGUAAGGACGUUACAUCAUGGGAGAUGACGACACGCCUGACUGGGUACCCCACGACCUGCCUGAUUGGCGGAGGGUGGCUCAGCAGAGCAUUCGAUACCAACGCUCAUUUCGACCAAUACGAGGUGUACUGCCCGGGGAUGAUGAGAUGUACCACCUGAUCAUCGGACAGGGCCAAGCACCUGCGCAGCAGUACAUCGUGGUCGCGCCGCAGAAUGCAUCUAUCACCACAGGUAGCAAGGCCAUCAACAAUACAAACACCAUUGACGAUUGCGUGCAAUUGAACAUGCUGCCGUGGUGCUUGUUGGUCCUGAUCUCGGCAGUCGUCUCCUUCGCGACAACACUGUUUCUCUUCCUUUUCCUCGAUUCUGACAAAACGGAGACCACGAAAGUGCUCGAAGCACAGGCGGACUUGUUAUUUUCCUCCCAGAUGACGCCAUCGCCGGGCCCAUAUAUAUUCACCUGGAUUACGGCUCCACCGAACAGUUCAGCUGCUGAAGCAACAAUUUGAGCAACCUUAGUUUUUUUAGAUUGUUUCAUAGUUUCACAUGGACUUUACGACUUCACUUUUUCUCUCCCAUUAAAACGUCACAAUGUACAACAAAGAAGGGUAGACCUUACCUA